ACAUUUGUUAUUUAAUACAACCCACUAUAAAAAGUAUAUUUUUUAAAUUAAAGUUUUAUCUAAAAAAAUGAAGGUAGCUACAUUUAUUAAUUUAAUAUUAAUUGUUGCGACAAGUUUUAUGUGCAGUAAAGUGUCUACGAUGGCUAGUUCUUCGAGUUCGAAUUCAAAGAAAUCACAUUGUAUUGCUGAUGGACCAUUAAAGAAAUUAAUAAUUUGCUUGCGUGAUAGAAACUUAAUUUAUGUAGUGCAAGUAUUCCGUGUUGAUGAUGAUGACAAUAUGACUACUACAAAUAAAGCAUUCUAUGAAGCUUUGGUAGCAGGAGAAGAAGAAGCCAACAAAAAAUUAUGGGCAUUUCAGCGUGUAGAAAUAAUGCAAAAGAUUCUUAAUGAACAAAUCUUAAAUCGUUAUAACGUAGAAUUAGAAGGUUGUAAAAGGGCUAUCAAGGAUUGUGUUCGUGAAUAUGUAUUUAAGCCUACAAUCAAUUAAUCUAUAGAAUCCCUUAGUGAUUUAUUAUGAAGCUUUUAAAAUUACGACAGCAUGUAGAAUUUCUUUAUUUUUAAUAUUUGAAUAAUUAUAUUUGUAACUGUGUAAAUAUUAAUUAUUAAAUAUGAUAUAUAUAAUAUUUUACUUCAAUAAAAUAUAAUAUAUUUUUAUCUCAGAUAUAAAUAUAUAUAAUCUAGAUUUAAACUGAA